GGGAAAAAAAGAUGUGCCCUCUGUCUUUGAGGACAGCCACCAGCUGGAGAACUUUGAAUAGCAACAGAGAGACAUGUCCAAGAACGUGAGUUCCAAGUCAAAACCCAUUGGGAUUAUUGGAGCUCCUUUCUCUAAGGGACAGCCACGAGGAGGGGUAGAAAAAGGCCCCGCAGCAUUAAGAAAUGCCGGUCUGCUGGAGAAACUUAAAGAACAAGAGUGUGAUGUGAAAGACUAUGGGGACCUGUCCUUUGCCGAGGUCCCUAAUGACAGUCCCUUCCAAAUUGUGAAGAAUCCAAGGGCUGUGGGAAAAGCCAAUGAGAAGCUGGCUGAUGUCGUGGCAGAAGUCCAGAAGAAUGGAAGAGUCAGUGUGGUGCUGGGCGGAGAUCACAGUUUGGCGAUUGGGAGCAUCUCUGGCCAUGCCAGGGUGCACCCUGAACUUGGUGUCAUUUGGGUGGAUGCUCACACUGACAUCAACACUCCAGUGACAACCACCAGUGGGAACUUGCAUGGACAGCCCGUAUCUUUCCUCCUGAAGGAACUGAAAGGAAAGAUCCCUGAUGUACCAGGACUUUCCUGGGUGACUCCCUGCAUAUCUGCCAAGGAUAUUGUGUAUAUUGGCUUGAGAGACGUGGACCCUGGGGAACACUACAUUAUUAAAACUUUGGGUAUUAAAUAUUUUUCAAUGACUGAAGUGGAUAAACUGGGCAUUGGCAAAGUGAUGGAAGAAACAUUCAGCUAUCUACUGGGAAGAAAGAAAAGACCAAUUCAUCUGAGUUUUGAUGUGGAUGGACUGGACCCAUCCUUCACACCUGCUACUGGCACACCUGUCGUGGGAGGUCUGUCUUACAGAGAAGGUCUCUACAUUACAGAAGAAAUUUAUAAGACAGGGCUACUCUCAGGACUAGAUAUAAUGGAAGUAAACCCAUCUCUGGGGAAGACGCCAGAAGAAGUAACUCGAACAGUGAAUACAGCAGUAGCAGUAACACUGGCUUGUUUUGGGGUUGCUCGGGAAGGUAAUCAUGACCCUAUGACUAACUAUCUUAACCCACCUAAGUGAAACAACACCUCAUAGCAAGUGACCUAAUCAGCAAAUGUAAUUUACUUAAGCUAACGGUUAUGCUCCCAAAGAUUUGUUUUUCCUGAAAAAUGUUUUUCCAACUAGUAUAGUCUAC